AUGAGAACUAAAUCCGGCGGUGUCAAGCCGCGCUUUGCAAAAUCGCGUCAGAAACCUCCCUCAUCCGCCACUCUACGCCCAUUUCCUCUCGUCAAUCCGGAUGAUGAUGAUGAUGAUGAUGAUUUUAGUAAAAGAUCAGGCCGAAGCACUGAUGAUUGUAAUGUGGCUGAUGGUGAUGAUUGGAUGGAGGUAGAGGCAUGCUUAAUAUGUAAUGGACGUGGGGAAUUGUUGGUUUGCUGUGUGAUUGAUUGUCCAGUUUCUGUUCAUGAAAAGUGUGCAAAGUUUAAGCUUACAUUUGAUGAUUUGGGUAGGUUUUAUUGUCCUUAUUGUUCCUACAAAAGAGAAGUUGCUAGGGCCAAAGAGUUGAUGAAGCAGGCUGUGUUGGCAAAGAAGGUUUUGUCGGGUUUUAUAGAUUCUGAAUUGGUGGCUGGUGAGCCUAGUGGUGGUAGAGAGAGGCGGGACAAUGGAAAAAGUGUGGAAUUUGACGGUGCUGAACAGCAAGCGCAAAUGGAGGAGUAUUGUAGAGACAAUGGGAAAGGGUUGGAAGUUGAUGAUGCUGAACAACAAGCACAAAUGGAGGACGGUUGUAGAGACAAUGGGAACGGUUUGGAAUAUGAUGAUGCUGAGCAACAAGCACAAAUGGAGGAGGAUUGUAGGGAGGAUGUGAAAGGAGUGGAAUUUGGUGGUGCUGAACAGCAAGCCCAAAUGGAGGACGGUUGUAGAGACAAUGGGAAAGGGUUGGAAUUUGAUGAUGCUGAACAAGAAGCACAAAUGGAGAAGGAUUGUAGAGGUAACGAAAUGGAUGAUGCAUUACGUGGUGCUAAACCAUCGAAGAAAGCACCCUCUCAACUACACACCACUGCUGAGAAAGAAGCUAAAAACGAAAACAAGACAGUUACCCCUCCAAAGAAAUCAAGGCAACGCUGGGAAUUUCCUAAGGCUCCACGUCAAAGGUUGCGUUGGACAAGUGAGGAGGAAGACAUGCUAAAGGAAGGAGUGGAGAAAUUUGCAAAACCUGGACAAAAAAAUAUUCCAUGGAAGAAAAUUUUGGAUUUUGGUCGUCAAGUUUUUGAUUCAACUCGAACUCCCACUGAUCUCAAGGAAAAGUGGAGGAGAAUAUGA